CUCUCUCGAUAGGAUCGGAAUUUGCGCCUCGAGGCUCGGUGGAGCUUUCUUUGCAAGAGAAGGGCAGGCAGAGCGGCGGCGGCGGGUCGCUAUGCGCGAGAGCGCGAGGAGCCUGCUGGUGGCAGAGCUGGUGCUGGUGCUGAGAAGAGGAGAGGGCAGCAGCGGCGUCGGAGACAUCUUCUGUUUGUGCACCCGGGCCUUCGUCGAAGAUCGAAAAUUAUACAAACUAGGCUUAAAAGGAUUUUAUGUUAAAGAUGCAGAUGACAGUGUAGGGGAAGAGGAAGUUACUGAAGAUAAUGAGAAAGAGGAGAAACAUCAUACCUUUGAGACUGCUGAAGAAUUUAACAGUCUUGCUUUGGGAGUGGAUGAUACUGAACCAGAUUCAGAGACUGAACUCAUGAAGAGUAUGGGCUUACCUGUACAGUUUGGCAGUUUGGCAGCCAAUAAAGCACUAGUGGUUCCUGAGAAGACUGGCAAGAGAGUUAACAAAAUGAUGAAGAAGAAGAAAAGGAAGAAAAAGUUGCUGCAAAGAGAUAUCCAUGAAAUAACGCAGCAGUCUUUGGAAGAGGGUAAGGAUGAUGAUGACCACUCUCUUUCUGAUGACCAAACCUUAGUUAAAAAGGAGGACAUUUACGAUGAAUGUUGUAAAAAUGGAAGCAUGCCACUCAAUGAAUUUCAUAUGAAUGAAGAAUGGGAGAAAUACUGGCAUGAGUUUGGAGAAGGACUUCUGUGGAAAAGCUGGCAAAAGAAACAGGAAGAGGCUAAUCCUGAACCUUGGAAUAAUCCUGAAAUGAAGGAUAAGUGGGAGCAACACUAUAAUGAGCUUUACUGGUACUACUGGGAACAGUUUCACUACUGGGCAAGUCAAGGUUGGACUGUUGAUGUUACACAUGGUGAUGAUCUAGAAACAAAUACAAGAAAGCUGGAUACUAAGCAGUCAGGAAAAUCAUUGAACACAAGCAGCCACAGUGACCAUGGAGAAGUGCAGGACUCAGUCUUAGAUUCUUAUCUCCGUUCCAGAGACAUUUGCAAAGAAAAUCCUACUGUAUACGAAGAUCCUAGUGAUAAUUACAUUUUUACCAAAAUCAGUGAAAUAAAUCUAAAUGCAGAAGAUGCAGAGCACAGCAAAUUACAAAAUGCAGCUGAUACUAGAAGUCAUAAGGGACUGAGUUCAAGAAGCAGUGGAAGGCGUUGUCCUUAUGAUUAUGGCCAGACUGAGAAAUCAGAUAAGGGAACAAGAGAAGGAAGUGUGUCUUCUAAAAAUGGAUGUUCAAACCAGCCAGCCUCACAGCAGGGACUUUUGGAUGCCACAGAAGAGGGAAGAUCAGAUAGUAAUGAUGGUGAUGGGCAACCCCCUGAACGUAAACAUGUCAAAAUAAAGAGGAGUCAUGAACUAGAUGUUGAAGAAUAUCCUCAGGCUGAUUCAGAUGGAAUUUGCUAUCAGUUGGGGCUCAAGCAUGGCACAGGACAAAAAUACAGAAAAAUUCCUGGCUUCAGUGAAAGAAAAGUGAUUCGUCUUAAUAAAAAUAUUAAAUUUAAAUCAGAGUUCUUGGACAUGCGCAGAACAAUCAAAGCUAAAAACAAGCAUACAUAUUUUACAGAUGAACCUGAAACUUUUACGUUGAAGAAGAGUAAGACUUUGAAUAAGGUACAGAAAUUCUUGCAAAAAGUGAAUGAAGAUGUGAAAAUUGGAGCUGAAGAUAGAGUUUACCAUACUUCUACCAGCAGUGAUUCAGAUGAACAGGAAAAGGGUUCUCACUCAGAAAAGAAUUUGAGUCUCCAAAACCGUGACUUGCUAUAUCCUAGUUCAGAUACCCACAAACUUGAAAGUAUUGAAGAAAAAGGCAAGGAAAAGCUGAUAGUAGAAGGAGAAGAAGCUCCUUUAGGAAGAGAACUCAUUCCCCUGAAUAUUCCAGACUACCUACAAAUGGAAACAGAAGGUGAUUUGCUUGGCACAAGUGAAGUAAGUGCAAUGAAAAAGAAGAAAAACAAAAAGACGCAGAAAAGGAAAAACAGAAACUUGAAGUGCCUUCCUCACGAAAUAGCUGAUGAUCCUGAGCUGACUAAAUACUGGGCACAGCGGUAUAGACUGUUCUCUCGUUUUGAUGAAGGGAUUCAGUUAGACAGAGAGGGAUGGUUUUCUGUUACACCUGAGAAGAUUGCUGAACACAUUGCCGACCGUGUAAGACUGUCCUUUGACUCUGACAUAAUAGUAGAUGCCUUCUGUGGUGUUGGGGGAAAUGCUAUUCAGUUUGCCUUGGCAGCAAAAAGAGUAAUUGCAGUUGACAUUGAUCCUGUGAAAAUCCACCUUGCUCACAAUAAUGCCAUGGUCUAUGGAGUGGCGGAUCAGAUAGAGUUCAUAUGUGGUGAUUUCAUGAAGCUAGCAUCCAGCUUGAAAGCAGACGUUGUGUUUUUGAGUCCUCCAUGGGGUGGGCCUGAAUAUGCUACUGCAGAAAUCUUUGAUAUUCAAACAAUGAUUUCUCCUGAUGGAUUUGAAAUUUUCAAUCUGUCGCAAAAGAUUACCAACAACAUCAUUUAUUUUCUUCCACGUAAUGCUGACAUAGAUCAGGUAGCUUCCUUAGCUGGACCAGGAGGAAAAGUUGAAAUAGAACAAAAUUUUUUGAAUAACAGAUUGAAGACCAUAACUGCUUAUUUUGGAGAUUUAAUCAGACAAGAUGUAUCCUGACCUUUUUAUGAGUAAGCUGUUUAUUGGUGCAAAACAGAUAAUCAGAUUUCAGUGUAUCAUUCCUUUUAUUUACUUUUACUGUCAGUGGUUUAUUGCAAAAUAUUCUAUGUUCUAUUGAACUUGAGAAAAUAAUGGUUUAGGAUGCUUGUUGCAAACACCAAUAAAAUAUUUUAUAAAAAGA